GACUUGAUCAAAAGAAUGAAUGGAAGAGAAGGCCGCAAAUAGAUGUUUGCUUAAAAAGUCUUGAUAAUUCUAAAGAUAUAAACCAAGAAUUUUUAGAAGAAAUUAAAAACCAACAUAAACACGGUGGCGAUUCGGUAAUUGCGAUUUAUGGAAUAACCAAGAACCCAAAAGAUGGUAACUACAUGAUGGUUAUGGAGUAUGCAAAGCAAGGAAGCCUCAGAAAAUUGUUAGAUAGUAAAUAUGGUGAAUUAAAUUGGGCUUCUAAAGUAGCUAACUUAUAUUACAUAGCUAAUUUGAGACAUGAAAAAACUGAAUUAUAUAAACAAGUUAAAAAUAUUAAAAAUCUAGACAAAAACUUCUUAACAUAUGAUCAAGUUAAAUAUCAAACACAUCCACAAGCUAUUUAUACAAGUCGAUCUUUGAAUCUUUCAAAACUCCCUAAACCAG